CAUUAACAGCUGACUUGUGUCCUCCUUCGCAGAGAUUCAUGCACCUACACAGUGGACAGGUCAUCCUUGGCGGGGUUGGAAGAGAAACACUGCACCGAGUGGGACUUCGACACUUCCGUCUUCACUCGGACUCUCACCUCUGAGUUCGGGCUGGUGUGUCAGAAUGCGUACCUCCGAGCUAGCUAUCAGAGCAUCUACGCGUUCUCCACCAUAUUCAGUCCCUUUAUUUCGGGAUAUAUAGCUGACAGGCACGGAAGAAAGGUCGUGGUGGUGGUGUCACUGGUGGUGUACAGCUUCACAUCCCUCGGCACCUCUGUCAUCACUAACUUCAGUGUCAUUCUCGCCUUCCGCUUCAUUUUGGGAACCUUUGCCAACCCCACCAUAUACAUACUUUCGAUGGAGGUAUGUGAGGUGCGGAUGAGGUCCGUGGUGGGGGUGUUGCUGGGUCUGCCAUGGGCUCUGGGCAUGAUGGUCUGGGGUGCCCUAGCCUAUCUUAUCCGUGACUGGCGAUGGCUGCAGUUUACUGCCUCCCUGCCCUUGUUACUGAUCAUGGGCCUCCUUUUUCUAAUAGACGAGUCACCACGGUGGCUGAUCGUGAAAGGGAAGCACGAGCAGGCGCUGAAGGUUUUGAGGAGGGUCGCCAGGCUCAAUAAGUCCACCCUGCCUCCCGAAGAAGAGCUACGUCUCAUGAUGAGUGACAUCCAGGCCGAGGCUGAGAUGUCCAAGAGGGUUUCUCGGGGGAAGGAUAAGGAGGCGCUUGGCAAAAAGAAGAAGCGGUGCUCCAUUAAAACACCAGCUCUUUUAAGUACUUCGAACAUCAGACUCAUCAUGAGCGUACUUAGCCUGAACUUCUUCACAUGCAACCUGGUGUAUUCUGGCCUCAGUCUUAGCGGGAACAUUUACAGCUCUAACCCAUUUAUUUAUGUCGUUAUUGGUGGGCUAAUGGAGGUACCUGGAUACACCCUCACCUCCCCCAUAAUCGCCCGCUGGGGUAGAAAAAUGCCCAUCAUGAUUGGCUUGUACAUUUGUGGGGCUGCCCUUCUCUCUCUCGCAUUUAUACCUUCAGAUAUCUCGUGGCUUGUGAUGACGCUAGCCAUGAUUGGCAAACUGGCCAUCAGUGGAGUCUUUAUGAUCGUCACAGUGUACGAAACGGAGCUGCUACCCACGGAAGUUCGUCUCCAGGGUGCCUCGGUGAACUGCAUGGUGGGACAGUUAGCAGCCACCAUUUCUCCCUACGUUAUCGAUGUCCUGGGUCCAAUACUUUCCUGGUUGCCGUCCAUGAUCUUCGGGGUGUCAUCCUUUUUGUCUGCCUUGAGUGUCCUAACGCUGCCGGAGACUCGGUUGAUGGCAAUGCCUGAUACCAUCAACGACCUGGAGGACGUAUUUUCCAAGAAGAAAAA